AUGGCCCCGCCGCUGCACCCUGACGGCCCGCCACUGCACCCGUCCCGGCCCUGCCGGCGCACCUUUGUUGGCCCCGCCACUGCACACCCGGCCCCGCCGUCCCCUGUCCCGGCCCGCCGCUGCACCUGUCCCGGCCCGCCGCUGCACCUUUCCCGGCCCGCCACUGCACCUGUCCCGGCCCCGCCGGCCUCUGUCCCGGCCCGCCGCUGCACCCCUACAGGCCCCGCCGCUGCAUACCCGGCCCCGCCGCCCACUGACGGCCCCGCCCAGGGCCACCCGGGAGCAGCCGGACCGCCCAGCAGCAGCCGGACCGCCCAGCAGCAGCCGGACCGCCCAGCAGCAGCCGAGCCGCCCAGCAGCAGCCGAGCCGCCCAGCAGCAGCCGGACCGCCCAGCAGCAGCCGAGCCGCCCAGCAGCAGCCGAGCCGCCCAUCAGCAGCUGAGCCGCCCAGCAGCAGCCGAGCCGCCCAGCAGCAGCCGGACCGCCCAGCAGCGGCCGAGCCGCCCUACGCCGAGCCGCCCGGGAGCCGAGCCGCUGUGCACCUGA